AUGAUUUACAGCAAAAAUGGUUCGAAAGCUGCUCCGCGUCUUUCCUUAUCCGACUUUUCCAUCCUUAAAAAGUUUCAUAUUUCUAUUCCGCCUCUGAAAUGCCCCAGGUUGGUGGAGGUGAUUUGGAAGCCCCCUCCUUGGAAUUGGAUUAAAGCUAAUUGUGAUGGUGCGUCUUCUCAUAACCUGGGAAAUUCGGCUUACGAAGGUUUAUUCAGAGACCAUAAUGGCAACUUUGUAGGAGCUUUUUCUCAUUUUUUAAGUGUCUCAAAUUCGCUCAUUGCCGAUCUCUCAGGUGUUAUGUUAGCUAUUGAGUUCGCCAAUGAGAAAAACUGGACACACCUUUGGUUGGAAUUCGAUUCUACUGCGGUGAUUAAGGCUUUCAACCCCCCUAUAGGGUGCCUUGGAAUAUUCGAACCAGAUGGAUUAAUUGUGUUAAUAUAA